UAUAUAUGUCAGACAUGUGGGAAGGCCUUUAAUCAGCCCUCAUAUCUUAAUAGACAUAUGAAUAUUCAUAGUGGAGAGAAACCUCAUAAAUGUCAGACAUGUGGGAAGGCCUUUAUUCACACCUUGUCUCUUUAUAGACAUAAGAACACGCAUAGUGGAAAGAAGACUUCUAUAUGUCAGGAGUGUGGGAAGGCCUUUGCUGGAGCCUCAAAACUUACUGUACAUCAGAGAAUUCACACUGGAGAGAAACCGUAUAUAUGUAAGGAAUGUGGGAAGGCCUUUGCUGCAGCCUCAAGUCUUACUGUACAUAGGAGAAUUCACACUGGAGAGAAACCGUAUAUAUGUAAGGAAUGUGGGAAGGCCUUUGCUAAAGCCUCAAGACUUAGUGAACAUAGGAGAAUUCACACUGGAGAGAAACCGUAUAAACCAUAUAUAUGUAAGGAAUGUGGAAAGGCCUUUGCUGCAGCCUCAAGACUUACUGUACAUAGGAGAAUUCACAUUGGAGAGAAACCAUAUAUAUGUAAGGAAUGUGGGAAGGCCUUUUCUGAAGGCUCAAGUCUUAGUGAACAUAGGAGAAUUCACACUGGAGAGAAACCAUAUAUGUGUAAGGAAUGUGGGAAGGCCUUUGCUAAAGCCUCAAAACUUACUGUACAUAGGAGAAUUCACACUGGAGAGAAACCGUAUAUAUGUAAGGAAUGUGGGAAAGCCUUUUCUGAAGCCUCAAGACUUACUGUACAUAGGAGAAUUCACACUGGAGAGAAACCGUAUAUAUGUAAGGAAUGUGGGAAGGCCUUUGCUAAAGCCUCAAGACUUAGUGAACAUAGGAGAAUUCACAUUGGAGAGAAACCAUAUAUCUGCAAAGUAUGUGGGAAGGCCUUCUGUCAAUCUCAGUACCUUCGGAAUCAUAGCAGAAUUCACAGUGGA